AUGUACCGAGACAUCGCCACGCAUGUUUACAAGCGGGCCGUCGCCUUUGGCGAAGGCAACGACGCCGUAUACAACAUCCCAGGAUGGGCUUGGCUAGUCAUCCUCUUGGACAUCAUCGUGUUCCUGCCAUUCGCCUACAUGGUUGGCUACACCCUCAACAAUAUCUUCCCAGUGCUUGCCAUGAUCGAGGACCCGUCGCCCCCCGCUUAUGAGCCUGUUUCCUUGAACACCGACGCCGACUCCCUGGCCGAAGACAACGCCGCGCUCGCCGACGAGGCUGCUCGUGGUGGCCAGGACACCCAGGCUAUCAGCUCCAGCUUCCGCGCCCUUCACCGCACCCUCUACGCCAUCUCCGGCCUGAGAUCCUACUUCCGUGGACUGGCUGCCUGGAUCGUCCUGACUGUGUCAGGACUUAUUGUUUACAGCAUCAUCAAGGAGACGUUCAUUCCCAACUUUGUUGCGGUUAUCAUCGCGGGUGUUUGCUUGGUUCAGCUUUACACUGCCUGGCUGCACAUUGUGAUCUCCGCCCCGUCGCCGAAGCGUUUCUACCAACGCCUGCCGCCAUUCAAGCAGGCAUUCCAGGCGUGCGCGCUGCCGACCGUUGCAUACAUGCUGGCUCUUGAGAUCCACACCGCAUUCCCUAAGUGGUUGGCUGGUGCCAUGGGCAUGACCACGCUGGAUCCCAACAACCCGGGCCAGGUCCCGCAGCCCAAGGCCGGCGAUAGCUGGAAGGGUCUGAUCGUCUUCAUCGUCGCCAUCGUUCUGACCGUCUUCGUAACUAUCCCCGCCCACGUUGUCCUCACCCGAGUUCAGGCGUCUCUGCUGCCCGAGGAGGACGAGACUAUUGUUCCUUUCGACCGAUCCUUCCAGGGCAAGCUGGAGCCUGCUAUUAUUGGUGGCCGUGGCUAUGUCACGAUCAUCGAUGCUUGGCAGACCUUCUCUCGCGCGUCAUGGAUCAGACUGGUGAAACUUUACGUCAAGAUUUUCCUGGUCAGCUUCGCUGUGUACUUUGCGAUGAUGCUUGUCUUGAUCCCCGAGGUCUUCUUGAUCGCUGCACACAGCCAGAAGGUCGAGUAA